UUGCUGCUGACAUCAGAGGCGCAGCUCCAGGGACAAACUCCGCUGCUGUGGAGUGUGUUUGCGCAGACAGAGGAAACGCAGGCUGGAAAAAACUUUACUCCGACACUCAGCGACCGUCUGCACUUUGUUUCUCCGCGUGAACGCGAGCCGCCGCUCUGGAUUAUUCAAACGCCUGGAGGAGGAAAAGAAGAAGAGUUUCAGGGGCCCGAGUUUAGCUCGUGUUUGUAAUUUUGUGCUCUUCAGCACAGAGCGCAGUUUCCGGAUACCAGCGCCACUGUUUAGGGGAGAUCUGCUCUGCAUUUGUUUGGAUUUUUUCCUUCUGCCCUUCCUGUCGUUUCUCUGUGAUAAGAAGUGAUAAGAAGUUUCUUUAACGGGAACAUGAAGUCACGCAGAUAACAAGGGUUGAAGUCUUUGCUCGCGGAGAGAAGUUGAGCUCUGUGCUCGAGUUCAACAGGGCCACUUCCUGAUGAUGACAGUAAACAUGGAUGAUGGUCUCCAAAAUGGACCCGGACUGCACAGGAACUCACAAGAUGAUGAAGAGGCGCUGAACUCCAUCAUGAAGGACCUGGCCGCUCUGGGUCGCUGCUACACUCAGCACCACAAGCCCAAGAACAGAACCUUACUCUACAGACAGGAUUUAAGAGUCAAGCUGGAGCAUGAGAGAGAAAAACGAAUCAUCCCGUUCCAGAGGCCGCUGAAGAUCAAGGAGCUGCUGCAGAAGGUGACCGAGGCCUUUGGGCAGCAGAUGGACAUGUUCUUCAUGGAGAAAGAGUUGCUGCUGCCCCUGAAGACCCAGGAGGACCUGGAUCAGGCGGUGCUGGCGCUGGGCUCCAGCUCGGGGAUUAACGGGCUGCUCAGGAUACUGCUCAAGACUCCCAAGAACAACCAUUACCUGCAGGUGACCAGCAGAGACAAACAGAGCGAGAUGAGAUCCUCGCGGUCACUGGGAGAUCUGAAGGGCUCCCUGCUCAAGGGUUCGGAGCGGGUGCGCAAGCACUCCACAGGCUCCCUUCACACGGGUCGAACGUCCCCGCCUCCAGGCAGCGUCCCCGAGGAGCAGCAGCAGAUCGCCCGUCAGGGCUCUUACACCAGCAUCCACAGUGAAGGGGAGUUCAUCCCCGAGACCCUCGACCAGAACAUGCUGGAUCCUUUUGGGAGUACGGACAACUCGCUGUCAAACAGCUGUCAAUCAAUAGACCAAGCACUGGACAGCCCCCCUUUCUCACAGAACAACCGUGACAACAAUUACCUAAACCUCAACUUCGAAUACAAAGGCCGCCACGGGAAAGGGGGGACUUUCCCUCGCCAGUUCCAGUUGCCCAAUCGCAGCAAGGAUUACGGAGACCGGCGCAGGACACUACCCAGGAGCUUCAUGCCUCAGGAGAACCUGUUCCAGCUGGUCCCCUCCAGUCGCACGCGCAGCUACAUCGGCGACAGCACGCUGCAGUACAGCGACAUGCGCACGCUGGGACGCACCGUGGACAAAAGCUGCCAACUUGGUACGGCCAAGUCACCAAGGGCGCCAGUCAACUGGCGACAAGGGAAGCUCCUGGGACGCGGCGCGUUCGGCGAGGUCUACCUCUGCUAUGACGCCGACACGGGACGCGAGCUGGCCGCCAAGCAGGUGCCCUUUGAUCCGGACUGUCAAGAAACCAGCAAGGAGGUGAACGCUCUGGAGUGUGAGAUUCAGCUGCUGAAGAACCUGCGCCACGACAGGAUCGUCCAGUACUACGGAUGUCUGCGGGACCUGGACCUGAAGAAGCUCACCAUAUUUGUGGAGUUCAUGCCCGGGGGAUCAAUAAAGGACCAGCUGAAAGCCUACGGGGCACUGACAGAAAAGGUGACGAAGAGAUACACCCGGCAGAUCCUUCAAGGAGUCUCCUACCUGCACAGCAACAUGAUUGUACACAGAGAUAUAAAAGGUGCUAACAUCCUCAGAGACUCCUCAGGGAACGUGAAGCUGGGAGACUUUGGAGCCAGCAAACGCAUCCAGACCAUCUGCAUGUCUGGAACAGGGAUCAAGUCCGUCACUGGCACCCCCUACUGGAUGAGCCCGGAAGUCAUCAACGGGGAGGGAUACGGCCGCAAAGCUGAUGUGUGGAGCAUUGCCUGCACUGUUGUGGAAAUGUUGACACAGAAACCUCCGUGGGCCGAGUACGAGGCCAUGGCGGCCAUUUUCAAGAUCGCCACGCAGCCCACGAAGCCUCUGCUUCCGGAGGGCGUGUCGGACGUCUGCAGGGACUUCCUGCGGCAGGUGUUUGUGGAGGAGAAGUGGCGGCCCACCGCGGACGUUCUUCUCAGCCACCUGUUUGUCCAGGGCUGCUUCUGAGGCCAGUGUGGGAACCCCCCCCUCC